UGCAAGUUGACACUGACAGAAAAACAAAUACAUAACCUCAAAUUUUCGGAUUGUCUUGUGCUUGCUGUUUUCAAACUUACAUCUCGAUUUCUCGACUUUCAAAUUUAAAGUGUUGCCAUGCGUUUGUCUUGUAGUGUAGCUAGCUUUCCUAGGUAGAGUGACAAUUCCACAUCGAAAAAAAGGUUUUAAUCGGAAUUUCAUAUCUCUGAGUCAUCAAGUUCUGUAUAUUAUGGAUGAUGACUUUAUUGACCUUACUAGUGAUGAUCAGAAGGCUGAUAAACCCAAUAAACGAAAAAAGAACAGUUACACACUAGAAGAAAAAAUUGUUGGGGGAGUUUGGUACCAUGAAAGAUUGUAUACUAAUCUCACAUAUAGAGAGAUGCAAGAUAAUUUCAAAGUACGAUUCAACAAAUCACCUCCUCAGUUUCACACGUUUCGUGAUUGGGAAAAGGCGCUAUUUAAUAGUAGUCUUAUGGUCAGAUCCGGUCUACAUAAGAAAAGAACUAAGAAGCAAUACUUGCAGAUUCCAUACGUGAAAGAGUCCUUCAGAUCACAUCCAAAUCUACCAAUGUUACAAAGGGCUGCUUUACUAGGUAUACCCCAAACCGUACUGUAUACUAUGUUAAGGGAUGAUUUUACACCAGAGGAAAUUGAAAAGCUGAAGCGAGAAGGACAGAAAGAGUCAAGAACGGAGAACCAGGAACAAGAUUAAUCUAUGAAAAGCCCCUAAAGGGGAGGGAAUAAUUAUACGUGAUGUGAUAAAGUUUGUUCUAAAAGAAAGAAAAUUUAUACCUUUACCAAGAGGGAUACUGCGUGAAUUGUCUUUGAAAUCCGCCUGCCGGCAUCAGUGACCUUGGGCACAGCUUGGAUAACAAUCAGCUAUGAAACUCUCCUGUCAGUGUCAAAAACGACCGCCUUUUCGGCUUAGUAUAUCGAAUGUAACUUCCUCCAGUACAACAGUGAAAGAGGUUUCAGAGUUCCGAAAUGAGUACCUAGUCCUAGUCGGUGUUACCGCGUACCAUGCUAGCAGCCGCAGAUACGCGUUGCAAUCGUAAAAACGAUGCGACGGAGUAUUGAUGAUUAUUUAUGUACGAAAAAGCUUCAGAAUAAAUUUGUAAUGGUAGAAGGCUAUCAGUAUUUACAAUAAACGGAAAUAUAUUUACUUUUGUUUGCUGCUUCACAUUUUAAAGCAGUAACAUUUCUUUAAAAUUUUGCUAUGAUGGUACCAUAGAAUUGGGAGCAUAUGAAGGUUUUAGUGAGAGUUCCAAGAAACAUUAUUAUUCUUUUGGACAAAAACAUCAUAGGGGGGUCCGGUCCGUGAAAUAUGAUGGCAUUUUCGCAAAUUUGAGCAUCACUGCCUGUAGCUUAGCGCCGCGAGGCGUACGUACCCUUAGUCACGCGUUUCUAUACUUUGGUCAGCGAUUGAAAUCCCAUCCGGCCCCGAACGUUUUUACGUUUUUUCGUUUUUUUGUUUCUCUUUUGAGUUAUUUUAUUCUGAUCUAUUUCAAAAUCAACUCGUUUGAAUAUUUAUUAGCUUAUAGCAUUUGAUGUUUAGAUUUAUAAUUUGUUCCACAAAUCCGAAUAACGGAACGGGUUGCGCCAUCCAUCAUCCAAGGAUUAAAACUGGUUUUCGUUUGAUGAUUAUCCAAAGGCUAAACCUGGUUAGAAUAACUGAUUUAGAAUAGGUAGCGCCAAUUGUCAGGGCUUUUGGAUAAUAUUUGCACUUUGCUAUCAUAUGGUCAUAGUUAACAAUUUUGCCACUUUUGGACCAAUUUGAAUGUCAUUUAAUAUAAAAUCAUAAUUAUGAAUACAAUGUAUUAAAUUAAAUAAUUAAAUACCAGUUAUCAAUCUAUAUUCAUUAUGUUACCUCAUUAUAUCGUAACCUGAUAAAUGAGAUGAAAUAAUGUUAUACUUUUUAAUUGUUCAGGCACUGUUCUCGUAGUAGUAGACUUAUAUUUUUGCCAUAGAUGAAUUAUAUAUACGAAUUUUAUUGAAAUUUCCAGUCUCUUGAUCUAGUGUGUGUAGCAAGUUUUGAGCAUAUACUUCGUUGUUCUUUCAUAAAUAAAUGAACAUAAAUGUUGACCAAACUUGCUCCUUUUUAUUAUUGGUUCACAAAAACUACUCAAGGUUAUAUCGGAAUAUUAUAAUUUUUACAAUUGAACCCAUAUCUGUCGCCGCUAGCGCGGUAAGCGGUAAUACCUGUUGAACAGCGGAUUUGGGGAACAAAUUACACCAAUUUCUUCAAAAAAUCUAAACACCAAAAUUUGGUGGUUAGAUUUUUUUAAUGCUAUAAACUAAUAAAUAUUCAUACGAGUUCUUUUUAAAGUAGGUCACAAUAAAAUAAUUCAACAGAGAGAAAAAAGAAAACAUUGUUGAAUGCGGAUGGGAUUUGAACUGCUGGCCCAAAAAUGCAAUAGGAGCGCGUGGUUAAAGGUAUGUACACCUCGGGAGGCUAGGCUACAGACACUGAUAUUCAAAUUUUGCGAAAGUGUCAUUAUAUUCCAAGGACCGCACACUGUUAUGAUGAAAAGAAAAUAUACGAAAAGGAAUAAUAACGUUUCUUAAAACUUUCAGUAGAUGUUCACUUGGUCUCAAAAUGAAAUGUGGGGGCAAAUUCUUUGAUACCAAAAUAACAUCAUUUUAAAUGAAUUAAUUUAUUCUACUUAAAUAUAUCAAACAAACGUAAACAUUUUUCCGUUUAUUGUAAAUACUGAUAGCCUUCCACCAUCACAAAUUUAUUCUGAAGCUUUUCCAUAAAUAAAUAAUUAUCAAUACCCCGUCGCGUCGUUUUGGACAAACAUGCUCCUUUUUUAUUACUGGUUCACACAAACUGCUUAUUAGCUCAUAUCGCAAUAAAAUAAUUCUUACGAUUGCAACGCAUAUCUGACGCCGUUAGCAUGCUACGUGGCAACACCGCCUAGGACUACUCAGUACGGAAUGGUGAAACCCCCUUCAUUGUUGGGGGAAUUGACAUUCGACAUUCUCCGCGUUUCAUAGCUGAUUGUUAUCUAAGCUGUGCCUAGGGUUUGAACUGCAUUACUGGUUUAUAACAAUAACAACAAUAACACAGAGUUCUAUAAACGAACAGCACGUGGCUUGGCAGUUCGGUGUUGGGUUGAUAAUUCGCUCAUAGAUUGCUCGCCAACUGUCCAGGAACCGCCAUUGGUUUGGCGGUUCGCUUAUAGAUGGUUGAAGCGUCUACCGAGUAAGUGACUAUGCAAUGCUGCCAAAAUGACAGAACAUUUUCAGAAACUGCUACAUUUAUCCUGAGCUGAGUGAAGUACAGUCCUUUUGAUGGUUGCUAGCUCUUGCACAUAUACACACAUGAAUUGUAUGACAGGACUGUUUUUUACAUUCACUUUUUGAAAAUGAUAAAAACAAUUCAACACAGAUUGACGACAUUAUAGUUGUAUCUUCAGAUAUGUUUUAUAUUGCAAAUCAACAAGAGGUAAACUCAAGUCGCAUGACGAGAAAAUCUUAAAGGCGGCGAGACAAAACUAAAAAACAUGUAUUUGAGCGUAAAUAAACGUCCGCCCAUAGAAGCCUAUUCACAUUUAUUGUUGCUUAUUGCGUGCAUUCAUUUCCCCAAAAUAUGAUUGCUAGAUCUAGUAACUAAUUAGGCUUCUAAGAAUACUAUGGGAUCCAGUGGUUAACGUGAAAUAAUCUUUUGUGACUGUGCUUGCAUAAAUAUUUUGUAUUUUAGAUGGACCACAUUGAAUGAAAAAUAUAUGAGUAGAUGUUCAUACAAAAGAAAAUUUGAACAAUGAUUUAAUCUAAAAAGGAUUAUCACUUUGGCAACACUGCAUGCGUCACUCGAAAAAUAAGUGGUUAGUCACCAUCAGCUGUUUUGUGGACUCGGUAUUACCUUUAGUUUGACCGUUCACCAUUUUAUCCCUCUCUAACUUCUUCGUCUUGUCUAACUGUCUUUUCUUGAUAUAACCGCUCUUUGCAUAUACCAUUUUUGUAGUGUAAUCAUAUGAAGGUGUAAUAAAAGAAUAAUUCUG